UCUCGAGAGCCUUGAAAUUUCUUAGUUCACCUAUAAGAUAGGCUGUCCAACUUAUCCACCUCUUUCGUGUAUUGUAUACAUGCUCAUGCUGAUGUACUUGUGAUGACCCUUGUUGCCUUCACUGGCCCCUUUAAAGUCCUCAUCACUGUCAAAUACGUUAUUUGCUCUAGAUAAUACUUCCCACACCCUUAUAGGCUCCUUUUUAUCCUUAUGCCUCUCCCUUCCCCUGGCCUGGAAGAGAAACGGGCCGCGCAGUAUGCUUGCUCCCUUCUUGGCCACGCAUUGCAGCGACAUGGGGCCAGUCCUGAGUUACAGAAACAGAUUCGACAACUGGAGGGUCAUCUGAGUCUUGGAAGGAAGCUUCUGCGCUUGGGUAACUCAGCAGAUGCCCUUGAGUCAGCCAAAAGAGCUGUGCACCUAUCAGAUGUUGUCCUGAGAUUCUGUAUCACUGUUAGUCACCUCAAUCGAGCCUUGUACUUCGCCUGCGACAAUGUCCUAUGGGCUGGAAAGUCUGGACUAGCUCCUCGUGUGGAUCAGGAGAAGUGGGCCCAGCGUUCAUUCAGGUACUAUCUGUUUUCCCUCAUCAUGAAUUUGAGCCGUGAUGCUUAUGAGAUUCGCUUACUGAUGGAACAAGAGUCUUCAGCUUGUAGCCGACGAAUGAAGGGUUCUGGAGGAGGCGUCUCAGGAGGAAUUGAAACUGGGGGGCCUGGGGGACCAGGGACUCCAGGAGGAGGCCUGCCCCAACUGGCUCUGAAGCUUCGGCUCCAAAUCCUACUCCUAGCACGGGUCCUUCGUGGUCAUCCCCCUCUUCUGCUGGAUGUGGUCAGAAAUGCCUGUGAUCUCUUCAUUCCACUGGACAAACUAGGCCUCUGGCGUUGUGGCCCUGGGAUUGUGGGGCUUUGUGGCCUUGUGUCCUCCAUCCUGUCUAUUCUCACCCUAAUCUGUCCCUGGCUACGACUCAAACCCUGACAUUGUGGUAUAGGAUAAGGAAGGGAAUUAAAUUGGUGAGAUGGAAUCUUAGAUCAUACCCCCACUUCCCAUGUACCAUCCUCAUUCCAAUUCUAUUCCUUGACUGCAGUUAAAACCUAGAGAUUUGGGAGUGAAGGAAGGUAUUUUGGGGAAGAUGAAGUGAGGACAGAUGAUUUGGCAAUAGAAUGAUUCUAAUAUCCAGCAGUUCCUGAAGUUUUGUUCUUUUCCUCUUUCAUUUUCUGAGUCUCUCUUGAUGUAAUUUAUCUGACUUAAGUCAAUUUAAGAUUCUAUCUUUAUGUAUCUUUUUUACCUUCUCAGUCCUCUGUCAGGAAUUUAAAACAAUUAUUUUUUGGUAGGGGAAGUAUAAGAUUUGGUUUGAAAGAUCUAACUACCUUCUUUAUUCUCACAGAGGUAGCUUGUAGUAGAUUUUUUUCUCCUUCAAACUCAAAAUCAUUAUUUUUAAGACUUUGUGUCCCAGUGGACUCUUUUCUUGUAUCUCUGCACCACAGAUUGUUUGACACUUUUUCUUUCUCCCUCAUGUCUACCUCACCAACCUCCCUUAUGACUUGGCCCUUACUCUUCCCUGUGUCCACACCUUCAGAUUUCUGCUUACACUUCAUUUUGGAACUAUAUUCCCCAGAUGGUUCUUACCCCAUCUUUUCCUGUCCAUACUGAUGCUUUGUCUAGCAUCUUGUUGUAAAUACUGUAUAAUGAUUUUUGUAAAUAGCUAUGGCCCAUGCCCACAGUGGAGAGCAAGUCUUCCAGAGCAAGUAAUUCCAGCAAAUUAAAGAUCAGUUUGCUCAUUGA